AUGCACAAACAUACUACCCAACGGAAGGUCUCCCCUCCCGGUCCAUCCUUCAUGUCCAAUGAUCAAGUUGCAACAUACUUGAAAGACCUGCGGGCAAACCGUCCAGCGCGUCCAACUGGGUCGCGUCCAUACCCAGGCAGAUCCGCGGCAUCGACAACAGAUAUACCAGACAACCUCCCCGCAAGAGCGAACUCGGCCCUCUCAAUGAGAUCACCAGCGGAAGAUGAAAUGAGGGACCAACCGCGUUCCGAAAGUGCAAUGUCCCAUCGCCGAGCAGUGUCCCAAGUGGCCAGCAGCGGUGCAAUAGGCCGUCCGUUGGCCCAGGAACCCCGCACGCAUUCGAUUCGAAAGAACGUGUUUCCGGCAGAGAUUCACACCCACAAAGUCUCAGCAUCUCCGGCACUUUCAUAUCAAGAAAAUGGCCAACGGCGGCACGAGAAGGAAGAAGCGCGGUCCCUACGCGAUGCUUUGCAGGAAAUGGAUAUACAUGACGAGGUUCAUAUUCACCAAGCCGCCCAGGACGAGGCCACAGAACUAGUAUGGAUGCACCAGAACCCUGGUGUGGCCUUCAAGAACCCAUACGCACCAUACCAGAACCCGGAUGUCGACAGAGGUAGUCAGAGUCCCGUCCGGAGUGAUUCACGCGGCAACGACUCAAUCCAUAGAUUCAGCCAGUCGACAGGCUCGAGUGGUUCUUCGGAUGGGCAACGGAGUCCCGAGUCUCUUCAAAAGCGAUCAUCACUGGCCGGGCCCACAAAAAAGAACCUCAAGGUCAACUUUAAACUGCCUGACGAGGAGCCCCCAGUCCUCGAGGCUGGCCCGAAAGGACGGACUGCCAGCGGUGAUUCUUCCAAGGGAAUAUUUAGAAAUCCCAACGACCAAAUAUAUGAAGAGCCUCCCAGUCCUCAAAAGCAGGAAGAGAAGCACGAAUUUUCUCAGUCUGACUCGUCAGCCUUGAGAAACAAGCCUCGCAAUGCCCUCGGACGCAACCCCAAACCUCUUCCUUGGUUGCAGAACAGAGCCAACAGCAGCACCUCUAUGGUGGAUAAGAUUUCGCGCUUUGAAAUCCACAGGAACCCUCCCAGCCAGUCACGCAAUGCUGGCUAUACACGAAAUGAAGCCACCCCGCCCCCCGAAGAGACGGAACCUCUUCCAAUGAAAGAAGGAAAAGAGAUUCGGGGUGAUGAUAUCCGUGCGGCCACAAGCAAGAGACGAGGAGACCGAAGUGAGAAGUUGCCCAUGCCUUCAGCUGUCAGUGAUCGAGUUGGACGUCCGAUCGUCAGCUUUGACCAAACCUGGAAGCCAGCCGACCAGCCAAAGCCGCAACGUAUACCAGUGAUUGAAGUACCAGCACCAAAAAUUGAGGUCUCAGGACCUUCGAUUGAAGUUUCGGAGGCGCCUCCUAUCCCCGUCAUCAACGUCCCGGAUAUCAGAGUGCCCACCAUCUCUGAAAUAGAAGCACCCAACAAACAACAGAGCAUGUCCUCACGACCAAUGCCCCAGCCGCCUAGAACCAGCCCUACCAAGCAGGGGUUCCCCAGACAAACAGGAAACGAAAUGCAAAACCGUUGGCAUUCGCCAUACACCCGAUCAGGAGUCCCGACUGCAAGCUGCGAACUAUGCUCUCAUCCGAUUUCAGGCAAGAUCGUAACUGCUGGCGGAUGUCGAUUCCAUCCCGAAUGCUUUACUUGCUUCCACUGCCAAGCUGCCCUCGAAUGUGUGGCCUUUUACCAAGAACCUGAAGCCAGCAGAGAUGAAAGACUGGCCACGGAAGUCAAUGACCAUGAGGCCCGUGUGCCACGUUUCUACUGCCACCUUGAUUUCCAUGAGAUGUUCAGCCCGCGCUGCAAGAGCUGCAAAACUCCCAUUGAAGGAGAGGUUGUUGUGGCAUGCGGUGCUGAAUGGCAUGUAGGACACUUCUUCUGCGCUGAGUGCGGCGAUCCUUUCAGCUCGACCACCCCCUUCGUGGAGAAGGACGGCUUUGCUUGGUGUCUCCAGUGCCACUCACGUCGCACCGCACCCCGCUGCCUGGGCUGCAAGCAGCACGUCAUGGACGAAGUUGUUAUCACCGCAAUUGGCGGACAGUGGCAUGAGCGCUGCUUCAACUGCCACGAGUGUGGUGACGGGUUUGGACCCGAGGGCCGCUUCUUUGUCCGCGAAGGCGAGCCAAAGCGCACUGCGAAGGGCCGAAUCAUCGGUGGCCCCGUGCAGCUUGCUAUCUGUGAGGGUUGUGAAGCUAUUCGUUUGAAGGCGCCUAGAAUGCGUUAA